UUGAAGACAAGAAAGACUCCAGCCAUCCUUCCAUGGCGCCGCAGCACUUCCUGGUCGUGGCGUUCCCGGGCCAGGGCCACAUCAACCCGGCGCGCGCUCUGGCGGAGCGCCUCGCGCGUGCCACGCCGGACGGUCGUGUCACGCUGUCCGCCGCCGUGUCCGCGCACCGGCUCAUGUUCCCCUCGCUCGCGUCCCCGGACCAGGAGGUCCACGACGGCGCCGUCUCCUACGUCCCGUACUCCGACGGAUAUGACCGCGGCUUCCGCCUCUUCGCCGGCGACGGGGACGACGCGAGGAGGUACUGUGAGGCGUUCAGCCGCGUCGGAAGCGAGACCCUGUCGGCGGUGAUGGACCGUCUCGCGGCGCGUGGCCGGCCCGUGACGUGUGUCGUGUACGCCAUGCUCAUGUGGUGGGCCGCCGAGGUCGCUCGGGACCGCGGCGUGCCACGCCUGCUCUACUGGACCCAGCCCGCCACCAUGCUAGCCGUGUACUACCACUACUUCCACGGGUACGAGAGGAUCGUCACGGAGCACGCCACCGAGCCGGGGUUCACGGUGGCCAUGCCGGGUCUCCCGCCAAUGGCUAUACGCGACCUCCCGAGCUUCUUCACAAACUUCUCGGACGAAAGGAUGGUGGCGGCGUUCGGCGACGUCCGCAAGACGUUCGAGCAGCUGGACCUGGACGUCAACAGAAGCACUGGAGGAAGGAAACCUAUGGUGCUAGUGAACACCAUCGAGGAGCUGGAGCUUGGCGCACUCGCGUCCGUGCCUGAACUGGACUUGUUCCCCAUCGGACCAGCCGUCAUCUCGCUCUUCGCCGACGGCACUACUAGGAGUAGUCCAGACGCCGUCGUAGGAGAUCUUUUCGUACACGACGGAAAGGCCUACAUGGAGUGGCUGGACACGAAGCCGGCUCGGUCAGUGGUGUAUGUGUCGUUUGGGAGCAUGUCGUCGGCGAGCAAGCGGCAGAAGGAGGAGAUGAAGCGUGGCCUCGCAGCGAGCGGCCGGCCGUACCUCUGGGUGGUGCGCAAGGAUAACAGAGACAAUGAUGAGGACAGGGACAACGAACGGGGUAUGGUGGUGGAGUGGUGCGAUCAGGUGCGGGUACUAUCGCACCCGGCAGUCGGGUGCUUUGUAACCCACUGUGGGUGGAACUCGACGUUGGAGAGCCUGGCGUGUGGCACGCCGGUGGUGGCAGUGCCGCAGUGGUCCGACCAGGACACCAACACGCGCCUCGUCGUCCAGUGGGACAUCGGCGUGCGCGCCACAAUCGAUGCUGACAGGUUUUUGGACGCCGAGGAGCUCACGAGGUGCGUGGAGUUGGUCAUGGGUGACACCAAGGACGGCGCUGCUAUACGGAGGAGCUCGACGGCGUGGAAGGCGAAGGUGCAGGUGGCUAUCGCGGACGGCGGCUCAUCGGAGCAUAAUUUUAAGACCUUUCAGGACCAAUUUGCAAAUCAUGUUUAGAAGCCUCUCAAUAGUCGGAAAAUGCAUUACCGACGUUUCCAUCUUACAUGUGUCCUCGGAGCAAUGCAUGCAACGUAUACAAUCGAUGGAUA